AUGAAGGAGUAUGAAAAUUUCGAAAUCCUGAAGAAAAAAUUCAGCCCCCUGCUUUUUAUUUUUCGAAAGGAUGAAGAGAACGAAUUGAAGAAGUACACGAAGAAAUACACCCUGGUCAAUGUAAUAAAAAACUACAACGGACAGGCUCCCAAGGAAUAUGCUGCCACGGUGGAAAGCAGAUCCAAUCUGUACACGAAGAACAAAUUAAUGAGUUACUUUGAUAGACCUAUUGGUGUUUUCAGCAAAUUUUAUGAUAACGCUGUUCUAUCGGAAACGGGCCAAUUUUUCAGGGCAAAUAGUAUGAGCAUGACUAGGGGACUCCAUUACAGGCAUAACAGCGUGUUGAAUAGGACCCUCCUGAAUUCAAAAUACUUCCCUAACAUUUUAAAUAACAAUAUCGUUCGCAUGACGAAGGAUGAAGAAUCUGAUUUUGAUGACCUGGAGAAAGAGUACGUCGUGGUGAACAAGGUGUACACUUACGUGCGCGAAUUCGACAGCAUGUACAUCUACAUUUUCUAG